AAGGGACUUUUGUGUUCAUGAGUGGCAGCAAGCAGUGAGAAAGCAGCCAGGUGAUAAACUGAGUCUCCAAUGGAAAUGGUGGGGAAGCCACCAGCUACAAAGGAAGUGGGACUGCCUUUGGAUUGCAAAGACCUUGGGGUUGAACAGUGAGCUGUGGAGUUUGGAGAGGGUUUUCCCGUCUGCUCUGGCACGUUGUUAACUGCACAAAGCUCUGGUCUGUGGUCUCGCACAGUCUGUGUGCCUUUUUCCCUUUAUGCAAUCUAUUUCAGCUUUAGCAGCAGAAAUUCGUCCGGUGGGGAAGAUAUGCCAGAGGGCAGCUUUGGGGAAAGAUGAAUGAAUGUCCUAUAUGUGUAUGUGUGAAAAUCCAACUGGAGGAAAUCUUUUUUAAAGCCUUAAGUUACUUGAAACCUACACAUCUGCAAACCUUUGUCUCUGGAAUUGCAUAAUGCUAUACUGGAAAUCUCAGGCUGUACGGCGACUAUAUCAAAUUGAGCAAAAAGACGGUUCGCCGUUUCUUUGAACGCCUCUUCUGAAGUAGCUGUUUCUCCAAAGGAUAAGUGUACCCUCACUCUACUGGCUCUCAGUCAAAAUGAACCUGAUUUGGUUUUGUUUUUAAUUAUUACAUUUUCUUAGCCAACUGUCAUCAUCUUUUAUAGGGAAAUUUUUCACUAUGCAUUUGGUGGAUAUUUAUAAAAACUGACCUUCUCUCCCCUUCCUCGUAUUCUGAUCUGUCUAAACUUUUUGGUCUUAUCAAUAAAACAAAACGCUGAUUUACAGUUUCUGCACUAGACAUAGUACUUUCUUAUGUCAAAAGGGAAAAAUACAGCAAAGCAUGUAUGCAGCAGUGGAGCAUGGGCCUGUUCUCUGCAGCGAUUCCAACAUCCUCUGCCUCUCUUGGAAAGGAAGGGUUCCUAAAAGUGAGAAGGAGAAACCUGUGUGCCGGAGGCGAUAUUAUGAGGAAGGAUGGCUGGCAACAGGCAAUGGCAGGGGAGUUGUAGGGGUUACCUUCACCUCCAGCCACUGUAGAAGAGACAGGAACACCCCCCAGAGAAUCAACUUUAAUUUAAGGGGCCACAACAGUGAGGUUGUGCUUGUAAGAUGGAACGAACCAUUCCAGAAGCUGGCGACCUGUGAUGCAGAUGGUGGAAUAUUUGUUUGGAUUCAGUAUGAAGGGAGGUGGUCAGUAGAGCUUGUGAAUGAUCGUGGUGCACAGGUGAGUGACUUCACAUGGAGCCAUGAUGGAACUCAAGCGCUUAUCUCCUAUAGAGAUGGAUUUGUACUAGUUGGAUCAGUCAGUGGACAGAGGCACUGGUCUUCAGAAAUUAACUUGGAAAGUCAGAUCACCUGUGGCAUAUGGACUCCAGAUGAUCAACAGGUCCUAUUUGGCACUGCUGAUGGUCAGGUUAUUGUCAUGGAUUGCCAUGGACGAAUGCUGGCACAUGUUCUCCUCCAUGAAUCUGAUGGCAUCCUUAGCAUGUCUUGGAACUACCCAAGCUUUCUGGUGGAAGACAGCAGUGAAAGUGACACCGACUCAGAUGAUUAUUCGCCACCACAAGAUGGCCCAGCUGCAUAUCCAGUCCUGGUACAGAACACCAAACCACUACUCACUGUCAGCUUCACGUCAGGGGAUAUUAGCUUGAUGAACAACUUUGAUGACUUGUCUCCUACCAUCAUCCGCUCAGGGUUGAAAGAUGUUGUGGCUCAGUGGUGCACACAGGGAGACUUGCUGGCUGUGGCAGGCAUGGAGAAACUAAGCCAACUAGCUGAACUUAGCGGCGCUUCCUUUCUGAAAAGUGCACUGGUCAAAUUCUACAAUGUUCAUGGAGAACAUAUCUACACCCUGGAGACACCUGUGCAGCGUCCCAUAAUCUCCAUCUGCUGGGGCCACAGGGACUCACGUCUGCUCAUGGCUUCUGGUCCUGCGCUAUAUGUGGUCAGAGUGGAGCACAGAGUCUCCAGUUUGCAGCUCCUGUGCCAACAAACCAUUGCCAGCUCCUUGCGGGAUGACAAAGAUAUAAGUAAACUGACCCUGCCUCCCCGACUCUGCUCAUACCUCACCACUGCCUUUACACCAACGAUCAAGCCUCCUAUCCCAGACCCCAAUAACAUGAGAGAUUUUGUUAGCUACCCAACAUCCGGUAAUGAAAGGCUUCACUGCACAAUGAAGAGAACAGAAGAUGAUCCAGAGGUCGGAGGGCCUUGCUAUACACUGUAUUUGGAGUACUUGGGGGGGCUGGUGCCUAUUUUGAAAGGACGCCGAAUUAGCAAACUCCGGCCUGAGUUUGUCAUCAUGGAUCCUAAGACAGAUGGAAAAGCAGAUGAAAUCUAUGGAAAUAGUUUGAUUUCCACCGUGAUUGACAGCUGCAACUGCUCUGAUUCCAGCGAUAUCGAACUGAGUGAUGACUGGGCUGCGAAAAAGUCUCCCAAAAUCACUAGAGCUAGCAAAUCACCCAAACUUCCCAGAAUUAAUAUAGAAGCUCGCAAAUCUCCAAAGUUGUCACGAGCUGCUCAGGAGAUAUCAAGAUCUCCCAGGUUACCAAUAAGGAAGCCUUCCAUAGGUUCACCAAGUUUAACUCGUAGAGAGUUUCCUUUGGAAGAUAUCACUCAGCACAAUUACCUUGCUCAGGUCACAUCAAAUAUCUGGGGAACCAAAUUCAAAAUUGUGGGCUUGGCUGCUUUCCUACCAACAAAUCUUGGAGCAGUUAUCUAUAAAACCAGCUUGCUGCACCUCCAGCCCAGGCAGAUGACCAUAUAUCUUCCAGAAGUACGGAAGAUUUCUAUGGACUAUAUAAAUCUGCCUGUUUUCAACUCCAAUGUUUUCAGUGAAGAUGAAGAUGAUUUACCAGUGACCGGAGCAUCUGGAGUUCCUGAGAACAACCCACCUUGCACCGUAAACAUCCCGAUCGCUCCGAUUCACAGUUCUGCACAAGCAAUGUCACCAACUCAGAGCAUAGGGCUGGUUCAGUCUUUGUUGGCCAAUCAAAAUGUGCAGUUGGAUGUCCUCGCCAAUCAGACGACAGCGGUGGCGGCAGCAGAGCAUGCAACCGAGAAUGCAGUCCAUUACCCAAUUCCAAGUAGAUACUCCAACCCAGGCCAAGUCAUCUUUGGAGGAGUGGAAAUGGGGCGCAUCAUUCAGGCACCCCCACAGUUAUCCCUGCCACCCCAGAGUGCCAUCCAGAUGGCAAUAGUGGACCACAGAGAUGGGGACAGAGACCACGAACACCUCCAGAAAGCAAAAACGCUGCGUCCUGUUCAGCAGGUGUCUGAGGGAGAAGCUAACAUCUUCAGCACUGCUCAAGAAAUUCAGAUGAACAAAAUGAACCCACCCCCACCGUACCCUGGGACCAUACCAGCAGCUCCGACCACAGCACCUCCUCCUCCUCCUAUACCCCCGCAGCCUCCCGUAGACCUCUGUUUGAAAAAGGGAGAUUUCCCCCUUUAUUCAGCAGGGCAUUAUCAACCCCCCCUUGGCUACGAGAGAAUAACCACCUUCGAUAGCAGUGGGAACGUCGAGGAGGUGUGCCGACCUCGGACGCGAAUACUGUGCGCCCAGAACUCGUACACCCUGCAAGGGCCUGGUAGUUCUGCUACUUUAAGGAUCACUUCGUCAGAGAAAAAGAUUCAGCAGCCCUGCACCAGUGCUACCCUGAACAGGCUCACAGUCCCACGCUACUCCAUCCCAACAGGGGAUCCGCCGCCUUAUCCGGAAAUUGCAGCCCAGCUAGCUCAAGGGCGUGGCAUCACACAGAGGCUGGACAACAGCCUCAUCCAUGCCACUCUGCGGAGGAACAGCCGAGAGGCAGCACUGAAGAUGGCUCAACUGGUCGACAGCCAAAGAGCCACCCUGCAGCUCCCACCGAAACUGAAGAGCAACGUCGUGGCGGCCCAGUACCAGCAGCGGGUGCCGACGGCACUCUACACCUGCAGCCAGUGCAGCAGCAGCAGCAAUAGUGGCGGCGGCAGCAACCCAAACAGCGGAGGUGGGAAUAUCGGCAGCGCCAGCACUAACAGCGGCACCUCCGCCAUCAGCAGCAUGAGGCCAGACAUGACGACGGGGAGCAGCUCUCAGCACAGCUCUGUCAUUGCACAUUCCGUCAGCACUUCACCUCUGGCCUCCCAGUCCUCUUACAGUUUGCUGAGCCCCCCUGACAGCUCUCGUGAACGGACAGACUAUGUGAAUUCUGCCUUCAUGGAGGACGAGACUCUUUCCCAGCACUGCCCUGCGGAGAAAUCAAUGCGCCACAUCCCUAUCGCCAUGGCAGAACCUGGCGUCGGAGUGAAAAGACCACCCCCCUACCAAUGGGAACCUAUGGUGACUGAAGAAAUCUGGGUUCCUCAGGAAAGGACAGCUCAGAGUACUUUGCCUAACCCUGUAAAACCUACCCCUCUAGUCAUUGGCCAAACUCAGCAUCUGGAUAUAUCCCGAGUGCCAUUUGUUUCGCCCAAAUCUCCAACCAGUCCCACUGCCAAUUUCCAGAUGGGUUAUGGGGUCGGAGCAUCCUACGUGGGGAGUUACAGUGUUCCUCCUCCACUCCCUCCUCUCCAGGGAAUGCAGGUCCCCUGUUCCCCCAAAGAAGCUCUAGCCCCAACCCAGAUUGCACAACAGGAGCCAACAGUUGUGCUUCAGCCAGGUUACCCUUCGAAUCUCUCUUAUUGUCCCUUGCCCCCCAUGUACCCUGGAAAUAGCACUUGCUCGAGUUUACAGCUCCCACCGAUGGCCUUGCAUCCAUGGAAUUCAUACAGCACAUGCCCACCUGCUGCACAGAGUGCCCAAGGCACUCUGCCCCCCAAAUCACUACUGGUGGUGGAGAAACCUGUGAUGUCCCCACCAUCCACAGAGACUCAAAGUCACGUCGGUACGGAUGUAAUGGUGGAGACCACAGACAACUUCCAAGAAGUGCUUUCCCUGACAGAAAGCCCUGUUCCUCAGCGGACAGACAAAUUUGGCAAGAAGAAUCGCAAGCGCUUGGAUAGCCGAGCGGAGGAAGGGAACAUGCAGGCUAUCACAGAGGGUAAAGUCAAAAAGGAGGCACGGACGACACUGACUGACUUCAACACACUGAUAUCCAGCCCUCGGCUGGGCAGGGAAAAGAAGAAAGUCAAAAGCCAGAAGGACCAGCUGAAGUCAAAAAAACUGAACAAGAUGAAUGAGUUUCAGGACAGCUCAGAAAGUGAACCUGAGCUGUUUAUUAGUGGGGAUGAACUAAUGAACCAGAGCCAGGGCAGUAAAAAGGGGUGGAAAACCAAAAGGAAUUUGAGGACAGCCAGUGAAAUGGAUGAAUUUAAGUGCCGGAAAGCCAAUGAAAAAGAGGAUGGACGACUAGGAAACCAGGGCUUUGUGUAUGUGAUGGCCAAUAAGCAACCCUUGUGGAAUGAGGCAACCCAAGUCUAUCAGCUGGACUUUGGAGGGCGAGUGACCCAAGAAUCUGCAAAAAACUUCCAGAUUGAGCUGGAAGGAAGACAGGUCAUGCAGUUCGGGAGGAUUGAUGGCAAUGCUUACAUUUUGGACUUUCAGUAUCCAUUUUCAGCAGUGCAGGCCUUUGCAGUGGCUCUGGCUAACGUGACUCAGCGCCUGAAAUGAAAACAGUGAACCAGAGAGUGGAAGAAACUGAAAAUCCUUCUCUUAAGGGCCAACCCAGGAAGUAUCAGGGAGGCCCGCUAGAGCUGUGCAAAGGAUUCUGAGAGCGAAGAAGGCACUGCCGCUGGAACAGUCUCUGCAUGCCCAAAGGAGGGCACCAACUUUAAACAUUGUUGGGGGUGGGAUAGGGGCUCUUUGGUCGGGGAUUCCUUUUCUUUGAGUCGACAUUGUGCUGGUUUUUCAGAGUGAGCAAGGGACGAGAGCUAUUCAGUGUUAUGUCGGGAAAUGUGGCUUUUGGCUUGUUGUGAUGGUUCUUCUGUGUUUGCCGCAAAAAAAAUAGCUGAUGUAAGCUGACGAGGAUAUUAAAAGACUGACCUUCUUUUACUUUC